AGGCAGCGCCCACCGGGCUCCCCGGGCUGGGAGGCCCCGCUCCUAGGGCUCCGCUCUGGGGAUCGCGCCCCUCUGACCCGGCUCUCAGGGCCUGACGUGCGCGGAGGCGGUCCGACUCACACCGAGAUCAGAGGCCGCAGGACCCUGGAGCCCCGGGCUUCCCUCGGCCUGGCUGUCCAGCUGCUAGGAAUGGUAACAAGUCUUGAGCCGGGAAGAUCCAUGCUCGUCCUACGCAUCUCAGCACCAUUCAGACCGCUAGGUGGUUUACCAAACAGUGCCUGGGAGAGUCUUCCACCGCGGUAAGAAUACCCAACUUCCUCAAACCAUUUAUUGAAGAGGCUGUCCUUCCCCCAUUGAAUGUUCCUGGUGUCUUUGUUGAAUCUUGUUGACCAUAAGCAUAAAAGGAGUCAAUUUUUUCUCUAUAAUUUCUAGACCAUAUCUUAAUUAAAAUGGCAAGAAGAUAUCCUUUAAGAAUGGAGGCCAGAGCAUUAGGGGCUGUGCAAAUAAUUCUUACCCUGUUUCACUAUGCACUGGGUGCUCUCUCUGCUUCCUUGUUUUUCGAAGAGGAUAUAAAAAACACUGGCGAAAUCCCUGUAUUACUUCCACUAGGGUACAUAGUAUGGUCAUCGCCAUUUUUCCUCAUCUCAGGGUCCAUGGCCGUCAGCGCACAGAAGAAGCCCACACGAUAUAAGCUUACAUCUACCAUUGUCAUGAGCAUCUUUAGCGGCUGCUUUUCUGCAUUUGGUUCAAUUAUAUUAUGUUUUGCAUGUUUCUCUUAUGCUGCACAAAUGGAAGAGUAUGUUUGGUCACAGUUAGCUGGUGGUAUGCUUUUACAAUAUUUACUCUUCAGCAGUGUCACAGAACUGAUCGUUGUAAGCAUAAUCGUGUCCUGGAUUGUGCAAGCAUUGCAUCAUCCAGCAUCCAAAGAAGAAAGUUACACACUGUCUGAAUACUCUGUGUCUUCAUAAUUUCCAAAGAACCAGUGUGACUCCAGUCAAAAAAAGAUUAAUUGUGAAUUAGUGAAGAACUCCAUAAUUUUUUUUCUCAAGAGACCUCAUGGAAAAUGCAUUCUAAUGAAGUCUUUUCCAGUACUCGUUUUUCCUACCUCUUCAAUAAAGGAUGCAAUUUGA